GGCCGUCCAACAGCACCACGCUCAAUCCAAAAGAACAACAAGUUAACUUAAUGCAAACUUAACUGAAGUGUGACGUACAGAAGUUAACUGCCAACAUAAAAAAAAAAAAAACAGAGUGCGAUGUUUGAAACAAAAGGUCCGCUGUUCCCACAGACACCCACCACCAACGCCACCACCACCACUACCACCACCAAACCCACCGGCCGGCAGACACCCGAGAGGAUAGCCGGGGACCGGAUGCUUUUCUCGGAUGGAGAGCCAGCGGCGGUGCCCGUGUGAGAGCGGAGAGUCCGGAGCUCCUGCGCCCGGGACACAGCAACACAGACACGGCUGCUCGUGUGUCUUUUAAUCGGUGAAAUUACCCCCCCCCCCCUCUUAGACCCACUGAUCCAUUGAUCCCAUUGACUGUUGAGUGGGAGGGAAAACGAAGGGGGGAGACACACCGGGACCAUGAUCCGGACUGAGCUGCACGGGGGUUAUCUCUGAAAGGAUAGAGCCGCCAAGAAGAAGAAAAAGGAGGAAGAAAUAACAGAGGAAAAGGUUCCUGAUCUUUUCUUCCCGUGCAAUAGAGGCAAUACACUCACUGAUCCUGUUAAUCAACUGAUCCACUGAUUGGUGACUGUUUGUUGGUUGGUUUGUUUUGCGCACUGGAGACAUUUUUGGCACCAUGAUCCGGAUUUGCUUGAGAGUUAUCUCCGAAGGUUAAGAGAAGAAAAAAAGGAGAUUUAAGACAACCGAAAAUAAAGAGAGAAGAUUUUUUUCUGUUGCUAAAUCAUUUCCUCUGUUGACUCGGUGACUGGUCUGUGUUGGGAGGAAGGAGAAGGAGGAGAAAAAAGGAGAACGGGGGUUGUAAAACUAUAGACGCGGGAGCGCAUCGGACACGGACAUGAUCAGGAUCUUCCCGGAUUUCAGCGUCCAGGUGACGGCUUCGGGAGGCGGAGGACCCGGGGUUGGAGGAGGCGGAGGCGGCGGGAUGGUGACGGGACCCCAGGUGGGUCGGCUGCCGGGAGCCACGAACGGGACCCCGCAGAGCGUGCAGGGAAUCACCGCCUACCAGCAAAGUGACCCCUACUGGGAGCGGCCGGCUAAUGCAGGCAGCUGCUCCGCCGCCCGGCCCAAGACCCUUCACCUGGCCGGCCAGCAGCAUACCUCGUCACCAUGGCUGCAGGCUCUGAGAAAGGAGAAGUCCCGGGACGCGGCGCGGUCGCGGCGGGGAAAGGAGAACUUUGAGUUUUACGAACUGGCCAAGAUGCUGCCGCUGCCGGGCGCCAUCACCAGCCAGCUGGACAAGGCCUCCAUCAUCCGGCUCACCAUCAGCUACCUGAAGAUGAGGGACUUCGCCAACCAGGGAGACCCGCCGUGGAACCUGCGCAUGGAGGGGCCGCCGCCCAACACCUCGGUCAAAGCUAUCGGUACCCAGCGAAGGAGGUCUCCCAGCGUCGUCGCCUCGGACAUCUUCGAGCCUCACCUGGGCAGUCACAUUUUACAGGUAGGAACUGCUCAAGGUUCAAGGCUGACUUUCUCUGAACACAUCUUUGGAAAUAAGGCAGAAAGGAGACAGAAAGGAGGCGGAAAGGAGGCGGAAAGGAGGCGGAAAGGAGACGGAAAGGAGGCAGAAAGGAGACGGAAAGGAGGCAGAAAGGAGACAGAAAGGAGACAGAAAGGAGGCGGAAAGGAGGCGGAAAGGAGACAGAAAGGAGGCAGAAAGGAGUCAGAAAGGAGGCAGAAAGGAGGCGGAAAGGAGGCAGAAAGGAGACAGAAAGGAGACAGAAAGGAGGCGGAAAGGAGGCGGAAAGGAGACGGAAAGGAGGCAGAAAGGAGUCAGAAAGGAGGCAGAAAGGAGGCGGAAAGGAGGCGGAAAGGAGGCGGAAAUGAGGCAGAAACGAGACAGAAAGGAGACAGAAAGGAGGCAGAAAGGAGGCAGAAAGGAGACGGAAAGGAGACGGAAAGGAGGCAGAAAGGAGACGGAAAGGAGGCGGAAAGGAGACGGAAAGGAGGCAGAAAGGAGGCAGAAAGACAAGCCAGUUAA